AUGGCCAGAAAAGUUAAGGAAGUUAUCAUAAAUGAUUUUAAAAGUCGUAAAUAUUAUUCGAUUGACGUCGACUCUACACCAGAUAUAACACAUUCUGACCAACUUGCUUUUAUACUUCACUAUGCCAGUGAUAAAGGUGUACCGACAGAACGAUUUUUAGAAUUUAUACCAAAAGUUGGUCAUAAAUCAUUGGAAAUAGCUGAAUCAGUCAUUAUGACAAUCGACAAUUUAAAAUUAAAUAUAUCAGACUGUCGUGAAAAAUCAUAUGACACAGCUAAAAAUAUGUCAGGUUGUUAA